AUGGUCGAACGCGACGAAUACCUACGUGAGGACUUCGACCCCAACACGCUCACUAUGCCGCAGCUUCGAAGCAUCCUGGUCGAGCAUGAUGUUCCAUUCAGCAGCGUCGCUAGGAAAGCCGAUCUCGUGGAUCACUUUACCGACAGCGUCCUGCCAAAGCUGUCCUCUCUCCGCCAGAAGAACGCGUCCAUCGUCGCCAGCUCGAGCGGAAUCAUCGAUAUGCGCGAACAGUCCACCCCGGACCAGACUCCCGCCAAACGCAAGCCAGGUCGUCCCAGGAAAAGUGAAGCUCCGACUCCGUCCGCUUCUGCACCCAAGACUCCUGCAAAGACACCCGCCAAAGGGCGAACACCUGCUCGCAAGAAGUCGUCGCUGGUCAAGGAGCUCGUUUCGUCCGCCGAAAGCGAGGCUGAACCCGACACCAAAGACGUCAAGUCCGAGCCCGAGGAGGCUGAAGUCCCCGUCAAGAGGAAGCCAGGCCGACCUCGCAAGACAGCUCCUGCAGUUGUGUCCGCUCCCGCCGAGGAUCCAGAGCCCGAAGACAACGCAUCUCCUCGUCGCGUUUCUUUUGAUCCGAAAACAUCUCAGCCCGCAUCUGCUUCACGAAAGGUUGGACGCCUUAGCCUUGGCGCUAGGAGCGACGACGACGGCACUUUUUCCGACAGCAACCCCUUCCAGUCCGGCAGCGAGGCCUCGCCCGCCACGGGACCAGCGGCCAAGGCAGCUGCCUCGGCACGCAAGGCACGCCGCAAGACCACCGAUGGCAGCUCGCUGCUGCGCAAAAAGACGUCCGCCUCGUCGCUUGCUAGCGGCUCACCUCCCAAGCCCAAGCAAGCCCAGAAAUCCAGCCCGAGCGUCAGCUCAACACUACGCAACUACAUGGAUCAGGCGGUAGCAGCCACCACGCCUCCGCGCAUCAUCGGCCGUCUCACUGGUACAACCUCGGCAAAUUCGACGGGAGGACACGCCGCAGACGACGAAGGCACGGUCAGACACGCCAGACCCAUGUCGACUGACGCAGCUGACGAUGCGGAUGAGGACGAUCUCGACCUCGAGACGUUCACCUCUCCCUCGGCACUCGCCAAGAUGCGCCACCUCCGACGCAAGCGCGAUCAGCAACGACGUCGAGAGCAGCGCUCGGGCAAGUCGUUUGUCGACUACCUGCUCAAAUCUGCGCUGAUUGUCGCAGCCGUCAGCGUUCUGGCCUGGACUGUUUGGUAUGCCAAAGAGACGCGCGCGCUUGGGUUCUGCGACGCUGGCUCCGACACCAACUCGAUCGUGGAGGAUCGACGUCUCACCGCUCGUGCCUUUGCUCAAGCCAACAACGAGACGCUGGAGGAUCUGAACGUCCUCCCUGACCGUCUGCAGCCUGCAUGCACGCCGUGUCCGCCGCACGCCAACUGUGCGUAUGGCAAGGUGCUCGGCUGCACCUCGGACGACUGGGUCCUGCAGCCCAACAUCCGUUCGCACGUCCCACUCGCCGACUGGGUGCUCCCGCUCAGCAUGACCGCUCCGAGCUGCUAUCCCGACACGCAGAAGCUCGUGCUCGCAUCCGAGCUCGCUCAAGGCAUCUCACACAUGCUCGCCGAGUUCAAAGGCGAGAUCGUCUGCGGAACGCAAAAGACGCACGCGACGGUGCGUAGGCUACCGAAGAAACUUGUGAGCUCGGAUGGGAAUCUGACGUAUGCGAUUGCAGAGGCGGCGGUCAAGAGGUCCAUGUCGGCGACGAGGGAUACGAGGGUGGAUGAGGAGUACUUCGAACAGAUUUGGUAUAUGGCCUUGUUCGAGUUGACCGAUCCGAGGAGCAAUGUUGUAAGGAUUGGGGUUGGGAACGGGACUGUGGGGGAGAGGAAUGGAGGGGAAGGGGUGUGGUAUUUGGCUGCGAAGGAGGCCAAAUUGUCGAUGUCGUGUGCGACGAGGUUGAUGGUCAAGGGGUGGGUUUUGAGGGCUCGGAUGUAUUUCGGCUUGGUAGCGGCUGGGUUGGUUGGGUUUUGGUAUACGAGGUAUCGGUUGGCUGCGGCCAGAGCCGAGAGUGGCAAAGUGGCAGUACUGGUGCAGGCAGCGUUGGAGAAGUUGCAACUGCAAGAGUACCUGCAUGGACGAGACCCUGUUCUUCAUCCGGACGAGUUCAUCCCACUCUCUCAUCUCAGAGAUGAUAUCUUGAGGGAAGAGCAUCAUGCGACUACGAGGAAUAGGUUGUGGAAAAAAGUGGCAAAAGUGGUGGAGGAGAACUCGAACGUUAGGACUAGGCAGGCGCAGAAGAAGGGCGAGUGGUUGAGGGUUUGGCAGUGGGUCGGGAUGGAUGGUUAUAGAGCGGGGGCGGGGGAGUUGGUGGCAGAUGAGAGCUUGCCCGUUGCGCAGAAAAGGUUGCGAGACGGAUGA